UCGAACAUUGCUAUGAUAACAAACAUUUCAGAAAUAUUUUUAAAUUAAUAGUAAAAAAUUAAAACAAAACCAGAUCUAGACCUUUAAUACAGAGUUUGUUCAGUGUGUUAAAAUGUGGUUGAUAUUGUACAUGUAAGUGUCAGAAAAGAAUGAAAAUUACUUUGGCACAUCUGAUAGUGCCAAAAGAAAAUAUAUACAUUUACAUUUCAGUUCAUCUUCAUUUGUUACAUUCAUUUGUUGCUGUCAUGAAUAUGAGUAAUUCUGUCCUUUCUAAACUUGUUUUAGCCUUCAUGAGAUACAGUGUAUGUGCACUUUUUCUAUGCUUAUAAUGUUUAAAUUACUCUGUUACAGAUGAGUGUUUGUUUUUAGACUACACCCUUUGAUGACAAUUAUUGUUUGAUGGGCUAUCAUGGCAGAGGUCAAUGUAAGAGUGGCAGUCAGGGUUCGGCCCCUCUUGCCAAAAGAACGACUUGGUGGGGAACAGAUGUGUGUGCGGGUCAUUCCCAACACUAACCAGCUGAUUGUUGGCAAGGAUCGUGGCUUCACAUUUGACAAUGUCCUGUCUGCAAAGUCCUCACAAGUGGAGGUUUACCAGACAUGCGUUGAACCACUGGUGAAAAGUAUUUUUGAAGGAUACAAUGCUACAGUGUUUGCAUAUGGACAAACAGGGUCUGGUAAAACAUAUACCAUUGGCGGCUGCAAUCUUUCUGCCAUCCCAGAUGAGGAAGUUGGAGUUAUUCCCAGAGCACUCACUCAGAUGUUUAUCAUGAUGAAGGCCAAUGACCAGAUAGAGUACCUAGUGAAGGUGUCAUACAUAGAGAUCUACAAGGAAGAACUACGGGAUCUGCUCGACCUGGAGACAUCUAACAAAGACCUUCAUGUCCGAGAGGAUGACCAAGGAAACACAGUCAUUGUUGGGGCUCGAGAGAUUGAGUGUGAGACCCUGGAUGAAGUCGUGUCCCUCCUGCAGUCUGGGUCAAUGGCACGCCACACUGGCUCCACGCAGAUGAAUGAACAUUCCAGUCGAUCGCAUUCCGUUUUCACUGUCGUUAUCGAUCAAAAGUGGUCUGAAAGUGAUGACAGAAAAUCCCAGAUAGAUUCAGAUAGCGCUGGUGAUUUUUUGGAAGAAGUACCAAUUACGCACACAAUGUCAGGAAAGUUCCACUUUGUAGACCUUGCGGGGUCAGAGCGAGCUCACAGGACCGGGAAUGUGGGAGAUAGGUUCAAAGAAUCUAUUCAUAUUAAUACUGGCCUACUUUCCCUGGGUAAUGUAAUUAGUGCUUUGGGUGAUCCUAAGAAAAAAGCCACUCACAUUCCGUACAGAGACUCGAAGAUUACCAGGCUACUAAAGGAUUCUCUUGGUGGCAAUGCCAAGACAUUGAUGGUUUGCUGUAUUAGUCCUGCAUCUGUUAACUUUGAUGAGACUCUAAAUGCCCUGAAAUACGCAAACAGGGCAAAGAACAUCAAGAAUAAGCCAAUAGUAAACCGUGACAUCCAGUCUAUUCGAUUUGAAGAAAUGCAGAGUGAAAUUAAGGCCUUGCGUGAAGAGCUAGCACGACAGAGGACGUCAGUGCUCAGUGUUAUAGGGGGCGAUAUUAACAUAGAAAAAGCCCAGCAAGACGCAGACAGCAUCAGGGAGCUGGAAGAUCAAGUCAUCAAGUUGCAGACUGAAUGUUCUCAUUACCGAAUGGUAUCGGAGGAAGCCUACAGACAGUUGCUGGACAUUCAAGACAGAAACAUUCUGUCCAAGAGUCUAGACAUACGGCUAAAAGAUUGGCUGGAUCUCAUGGAAGAGCUGAAGAACAAAGUACCACGAUCACUUACAAGAGAAAGUUUGGAUAAUCAGACAAUAACCACCUUGACAUCAGAACUUAAAAAAUGCAAGGAAGACUUAAAAAGUGAUGAAGAAAUAUUUGCAGAAAAGUCCAGAGAAACGAGCCACUUACUGGAAAGAAUACAAGAACUGGAGCUGGAAGUGGAUGCGAGCUACAAGUUUCUGAAAACUGCCGAGGAGCAACACAGACUUCAGGAGCAGAGGAUGCUAGAGCAGCAGCUUCAGAUUCAGGAACUACAGCGCACUCUGAGGAACAAUCUGGUGGGUGACAGCAGUAUAAUGGACAAUGCCACAGUGACGUCCAGUGCUCCACCAACUACUGGAAGACGGCCCAAAUCAGUUCCUGUACACCUCCACCGCAACCAUGAAAAGCAUGGCUCACUCCUGCGUCCCCCAUCACGCCACAUCAAGAGCAGCCCGGCGCUGUUUUCUCUGGAGCGAGUGAUGCAGAGUUUCCGCGCCCGCAGCCAGCUUCUUGUCAGUCGGCUAGAGGACAGUGACGAGGUCCUCCAUCAAACAUUCAGUGACGAAAACCUGCCCGAGAGUGUAACCAAUUUAACUGACAUAUCACCACUUGUCCGUCGUGGCACGUACCGAGUGAAGAAACAGGUGCGUGGCGAUGACAAUAAAGAAAACCGUCUGUCAAUUGAUUCACUUCCAGAUGUGAGAAGAAGCAUUCCAGUGACCAGCAUCCGGUCGAGCACGCGGAUUCUGGAGAGUAUUGACUGCAUGGAAAGACAGUCACAGGAGAGCAGACUCAUCAACAUCGAGACUCGCAACAGCACUGAGUUACAGAAGAAGAAGAUUAAACAGGCACAGUUCAAGGUGCUCGAGUCAAACCAGAAGAUGAGGGAUCUCGCUAUUAAUAUACGAAUGAAGGAACAGUUGAUCAGAGAGUUGGUAAAGAGCGGCAAGGAUGCUACCACAAUGAACAAGCAAUAUGCUGAGAAAGUCCGGGCAUUGGAGAGGGAAGCAGACCAGGUUAAAAUGGAUCUUGUUGAAACGCAAAAGGCUCUGCAGGACCUUGAAGCAAAAGAAAUACAAGAAACGGCAGAAAAACAAAAACUACAACAAGAUUAUCACAAGAAAAUAGAAGCAGCAAAAAUGAAGAUGACGGCGCUGCAAAAGAAGCAGAAGGAAACGGAAAAGGUGGUUAAUUUUGCCAUACAGAACGAGAAAAAAAUACAAGAUCUGGAAUUGGCCGUGGAUCGCAUGAAACAGCAUUACGAGAAUCUUCAGAAGAAGUUUAAAGACGAAACUGAGCAGAAAGCUAAAUUAGAGCGAGAAAUGCAAAAAGAGCUUCAGCGAGUCAAAGAACUGGAACUGAAGAAUGAACAACAGCAGAAAAUACUUAGACGUAAGAAUGAAGAAAUAGCUGCAGCAAACCGGAGGUUACGAUCUGGAUCAUUGCCACCCAUCAACAUGCAAGACUAUAGUAAGCUUGAGGAACAGAAAAAAUGGGUCGAUGAAGAGAUAGAGAAAGUACUACACAUGAGAAAACAAAACGAGGAACUGCAAGAAGAGCUGGUUCGUAGAGAGGCCAUUGUAGCUAAGAAGGAGAACAUGCUGGCAGAGAAGAGUGAGCUGGAGAUCAAGAAGCUGAGGUCAAGUCAGAUGAUGAGUCAGGAUCUUGUGAAAAUAUCUGCUAAGUUAGAUACGGUGGACAAAAAAAUAGAGGAGAAGAAGAAAGAGUUGGCAGAAACACCAGAAGAACAGAAGAAGCAGCUGAAAGAAGAUAUUGCUCAUCUGAAACACACUCGCGAGAAGCUUAGAAAACAGAGGUCAGCCAUGGAUGAAAAGAUUCACGAGGGUCAGGUGUUGUCCCCCAAAGAGGAGAGAAGAUUAAUUGAAUUGGAUGAAGCGAUUGAAGCCCUUGAUGCAGCCAUUGAGUUUAAGAAUGACAACAUUGAAAGCAAACAGAUGGAUCUACGCCAGUCACAGCUGUUGGCACAGAGUGAAGAUAACUUGAUGAAUCGUCUGAACUCUUUGUCACUAACUGAAACGAAGACGUUACUUUCCAAGUAUUUUGAUAAAGUUAUCAAUUUGAGGGAAGGGGAACGCAGAGUUAACCUUCAGUGCAGUGAGAUGGAGGUGAAGGUGGAUGAGCAGGAGCGUGUGAUUCGAGAGCUGGAUGCAGCUCUACAGCGUUCGGUAAUGGAGACGGAUCGCAAGCUCAUGUUCCAGCAGAAGGAAUAUGAACAGAAGAUGCAGAUCUUGAUGCACCAGCUGGCCGAGGGAAGUCCAGACAAUGGUGGUGCUGAUUCUACUCAUAGCCUCAAAAUGCAUCAGCUUGAAAAAGAGCUAUACUACUACAAGAAGACAAGUCGGGAUAUGAAGAAGAAGCUUCGUGAACUGAUAUCGGCUGGAGUUCUCAGUUCACAAGGUUUUGAAGACUUUAACGUUGGGAGUUCCAUACAGAGUACCACGGAUCAGGCCUCUGUCAAACACAACGGUACGCCACGUGACCGGCCCGGUCUUCUCACUGGAUCAAGGGACAAAAUGGGCUACAUUCCCACUCCAAGGGAAAAGUCCAGUUAUGUGGGAACACCAACAGAUGUCAUGUCUAGUCGAGAAUCAAGCCAGGUGGGUGUCAGGGAUCUGGACACUGCAGGUUCACGUCCCACUUCUUCACGCAUUGUUCUCAAAUCCAACAACGACCUCCCUCAAAGUAUUACUCCCGUUAAAAUCUCACGAAAAGAUCUCCGUCCAAUGAGCGAGGAGGAAAUAAACCUGCGGCGGUCGAAUCUCAGCAAGAAUAAUGAUUCAACAACACUGCAAGAUUCUCUGGACAAUGGUAACCCAUGGUCAUGAAGAGACUGCAUAUAGAAUUGUUGAGAAAGAGACUGCAUGGACGAGUGUCACUAGCUCAUGUCCAUACUGAUAGAGACCUCCUCUCCCCUGUGUUUAAUGCAUUGACAGAAGUAUUAUCCUGAUGUACACAUUGAUAAUAAUGCAUUUUCUGGCUAUUAACAUCUAUAAUAGUUUUACAUGUUACAUUUUUAUGCCGUGAGUACGAGAUUGUAUUGAGGGAAGUGAGUGCUACAAUUUGUGUGUCAGUUAUAAGCUCAUAACUUGGAGAUAAUUUCUUACUUGCAUUGAAGAAGUAAACAUUCCAUGACUUUUACUGUGCGUGACAGUGUGUGUUUAAAAUGAUGCUUGACACGAGAGAUGCAUGUUGUGUGUUUCACUUGGUGGAAUUAACAUAUUUCAUUUCAACCAUGUUUUGUACAUGGUCUUGUAAAUAUGUUAGAUAACAUCAGUGAGAUAUUUUCAGUCUAGUUUUUAUAAAGCUACACUUAUAGCAUCUUUCACAGAUUGCUGAAAUGGGACAGAAUAAAUCUUUUUAAAAUGUGAUAGAUUAAUAUAAUUUUUGAGGAAAUACAUCUGUUAGUUGUGAUUCUGGAUUAGUGUGUAUUUAUUAACUUAUUAACAUAUCUUAGGACUUCGAUUUGCUGCUUUAUUAAAAGCACAUUUCGUUGAUUAGUAUAUGCUAAAGGCAAAAGUUUUUCAUUUUAUGAGAUCCUCCCCUUGGUCCAGACAUCUGGAAAUGUGUUCUCAGUGUUCAACUGGAAUGAUUUGUUUUGUAAGGAGCUUAUGAUAAGUCAUUCAAAUUCAAAUAUUCGAACCAUCCUGUGGGCUGAAUAUAGGUCAGUGGUAGGGUCCUUGUCUGAGGGAGCCCUAUUGGGUUUUCCUCAUCUCAUCUGUCCCUCUUGACUGGUAUAUCAAACACUCUGGUAUGUACUGUCCUGUCUGUGGGAACGUACAUAUAAAAGAUCCCAUGCUAUUAUUCAGUAGCAGUAGUUUAUAUGGCAGCAGUGAGUUUUCUCUCACUACCUAGACCAAGUGUCAUAAUAAUAACCAUAGUUUAAAUGUUCUGAGGUGUAGUUAAACAGACAUUCCUUUCUUUUCUUUUUCAGUCAUCCUUUAAGCCUUCUCAAGUCAUUUUGGUUUUUUCACUAGCAUGUUUGACAAUAUAUUUCAGCCACAUCCUUCAAAUAGUUGCUUCAAGUUGCACUAUGAGAACACAACAGUUAUGAGUCAUAUUGGAUUUUCAUAAUGGAUAUCGCCAGCAUUGUGGAUGGGUUUUUUUUUUAUAAUAUACUAUAUCAGACUAUAUUGUAUGCAGACCAUCAAUACUAUCAACUAGUCAUAGGUGAUGAGCUAGCUGGUUUCCAGCCUGUUUCAUUUGUCUAUUAGGAUGGUGUAACCACAGUAACGUGUUGAUCGAAAGUACUGUCAAAUACUUGAUUUUUGUGGGAUUCAGUUUUUGCAAUUUAAUGAAAAUAAGUCAGUUCUCAAGCAUUUAUUUUUGUGAAUCCCUACUUCCCUCAGUUAAAAAAAAUUAAGUACUGAAGCAACUGCCAGAGGGUCUUGGGUAAUCACAGCUGUGUAGGUAUUUUAAAAGUGGACUGACUAUUAGUUUUAAAAAACAACAACUAUAUUUAAACAUUGUUAUCUCAAUGCUAGAAGAAAAAAAGCAAACACUGGUAGCUGGCAAUGAACAUAGAUAGUUGUUAGACUAGUGUUCCGUUAUGUUGAGAGUCCAUUUCUUCACCUCGAGAUACCCUGAGUUGACUUUGACUAACUAUUUGCUACUUGGUUGACUUUAUAGUUGUGUGUUGUACUGUAUUACUGUGUAUUACAGUAAUGGUAACUGACAGUCGGAUGUCCAUGUACUUAAGGCUCAUUAGCAUGAAUGAUAUGAAUAUUCAUAACUUUAUUUUAUGCAGAUAAGUGACUUUUUUGCAUCUUCAUUUAGUAGUAAUAGUCACUAUAGUGGCAUACUAUCAAUUGCACUAUCAGUCUGUCAGUAGUAGAAGAAAAACAAUAUUUAAUUUUUUUUAUGGGGACAUAAAUUUAGAACUAGGAGUCACAAAAUAUAUAGUGUGUGAGGAAAUCCAUCAUGUAAGUGAAUGGAAAUAUUUUAUUGAUUAUUGUUGCAUGUUAUUUAUGAAUUAGUAAAUGCUAUUCUAUCAAUGGACAGGACAAGAUGAAUUGUUUUGCAGGACGUAAAUAUUAUAGGCUUCAUAACACAUCUUUGAUAAUAAAACUUGGUUGAUUCUGUAUAUCAUCAUCAUUUUUUGUUACUACAUACAUCAGAUAUGGUAUAAACUGUCCUGUAUUAAGCUGAUGCUAGUUUAGGGUUUGGUACACUAAGUAAUAUUGAUGUUUAUGGUAUUGCUAUGUGUGAGUUUGGCAUCAUGCCAUUCUAACUGAUUCAGACGAUAGGGCACAUUGUAUAAGGUCUGUACUAAGAAAUAAAAAUGUAUUUUUAGAUUUCAGUGAUCUGAUUUGUGUCAGUUUGGCUCAUAGGUGUUGUUUUGAUACAUAGAUAAGAUACGCUUGUAUAUGUAACAUACUGGUAUACUGUGACUGUUAGUAAGAGAAUAGGGCACAUUGUUGUGAAGUCAAUACCAUUUAUAUUUUACAGGAAAUAUGCCUUAAUCAGGAAUUUUGUGUAAUGUUGUUUUUUAAAUUAGAAAAUAUGCAGAAUUACAGAAAAUUCUAGGAAUAGGUAUACAUACAUAAACACACACACACACACACACACACACACACACACACACACACACACACACAAACUUCUGUGUUUGUGUUUCAUUUUUUGUAGCACUUGUUAAAGACACUUUAAUAGAAUUUCCUGCCCGUGCUAGAUGUGGAUUUUGAUGAACCUGCUUAUUUUGUGAACUGUUCACUAGAUAUUAAUGUUAAAACUGUCCUUUUUAUUUUCUGCAGUGAAUCUGUAGUAUUAAUUUUGUUAGCCAUCUGGGCUUUGGUAUCCCAGUAUUACACUACAUAAUAUAUGAAGAAAGGAUCUAAAAAAGAUUACCCUACCUUUAUGAUUAGGUGUUAAUUUAUACCCCUGUAAUAUGCUUGUGUGUUUUGAUGUUUUGUCAGGUGGAAGGUUGUACAUGUUUCACUUGAUUUUGUUCUUUAUUAUCCACAUAGUUCAAGAUAUUCAGGGACAUAUAACCAGUAUGACCCAUGUGUGUCAUAAUGAUUUCACAUGCACAACGAAUGACGUAAUUUUGUAAAGCGACGUCAUAACUUAAUG